CGGACGAAGACGUUUCUUUAUGAUGUCACAUGUCAAUCAGUUUACUGUUCCUGAAUUUUCACUUGGUUUUUUAUUCAUAUCAAAUAUUGGCAAAUUUUCUUUGAAACUCCAGAUGAUUCUAAAUUUCAGAUUGAUACAAUCUACCAUAGUGUUAUAGAGUGACUUUGUAGUGCUUUCAAUAUGAUUUUGUAUGUUCAUUUGUUGUGAUAGUGACGUGUUUUGCACAGUCUAGAAAAGGUAAUUGCCUCUUUAUAGCUAAAAAUGAAUAUCGCUUUGUGCUUUUUCGCACAUUCACUGCUUUUAUUCGUCAGUCCAACUCAGCCGUCGGUUUCAGAAUCACCUCUUCAUGUACGAUACCAUUUUGAGGUAUUGUUAAAUGUCACAAAUUUGGCAGUUUAUUUUUAGCACUCGAAAUGCGUUUUUGUUGCAAAUAUAAACAGCAUAAACACUCGCAGCGAUUAUUAUAUCUUUUCAGAUACGUUGGAAGGUUGCCCUAACAGCUUAGUCAUCCAUUUGGUUCGAGUGCAGGCGAAAAAUGGCAGUCAAACAGAAGGUUUUAGAAUGUGUGACCCCUUCCAAGGAGGCACGCUUGCAGAUUAUCCUUCGAGUGCUCCAGGACUUCUCCGAGCAAGAUGGCAUUCAGGACAAAAAUGUAAUACAUAUAGUUUCGAGUCUGGGAACAGUGCCGAUUCCAGACGAUCCAGAGGCUUACAUGAGGUUUAUCGAAGACAUACGUAAAGUACAGAGUAUCCUAGCAAAAGAAUGUUCUGAUAAGAAACAUGUCUUUCAUGCGCUACGAACUCUGUUUAUGGAAAUUUCUGACCCCACGAAACAAGUUUCUGUAGCUAUGUCCAUUGUCCUGCAGUUGAUAAAGGAACAUGAUAUACCCAAUGCUGUUAAAUACAUCCUUAAUGCACGUUAUCCGGAUCAGAAUAUUGAACACACCUUAUCUACGUUAUGCAAUUGGUUAACAAAAUGUGUUUGGACUGAAAAUUUAGGUGCCCUAGUAUUAGCACUUAUGAAAGGUUUGGAAGCAGAGAGGCAUUACGAUAUUCUAGUUGAUGUAACGUUAGCAACAAUUGAGAAAUUAUUUAAGUUAGUUAUGUUUAUGAAGAUUAGGAAAAGUGUCGGGCCUGUGGUAUUGUAUAUGCUGUCGAGAAGCCAACAAAGUUCACAGAUUUUCCAUAAGGUGAUCCCAUUGAUGGACAAGGUCUGCAAACAGCUCCAAAACGAAAACACAGAAUCAAGCCUUUCGUACUUACAAGAGCUGGUCAAUCUGUCCCUAGCUUUGAUGGACCAUUUUACUGGCUACGAUGAACUUUAUGAACCAUUAAAGCAAGCCAUUCAACCGUUUUGUACAAACUCAAAUUACAAGCAGACGCUUCUCUGCGAACCGUGGGGCGCGGGCUCUAACGCACUGGUGCUAAACAGAUUUUCAAUAGGAAAAGUCGGGUUGAACAACUUGGGGAACACCUGCUACAUGAACAGCGUCCUACAGGCCCUUUUCAUGACAAAAACAUUUAGAAACGAAGUGCUGCUUUACAACAAGGACAUGUUGCCAUUAUUCUCCAAGCUGCAACUGUUGUUUGCGCUGUUGCAAUAUUCAAAGAAGUUUUCCUUGUCGCCGAAUGAUAUUCUGAACCUGUCGAGGCCUCCAGGUUUUCUGCCUGGACAUCAGCAUGACAGUUCUGAGUUUUUAGGGUAUUUGCUGGACACGCUGCAUGAACAGGAGAAGAAUUUGGGUGGCAAUGGUGAAGAGGAGGCUGUGGAGGGAGCUGCGGCUCUAGUAGCAAUCUGUCCGCCGACAGUGGUCCAACAGUCGUUCGGAGGUCGUACCAUCACAGUAUCGCGUUGCGCCGAUUGCGGCACGAAAAGCGAAAGAGCUGAUCAUUUUAGAGAAUUGCAACUUGCGUUUCCGAACCACGACGAGAACCAAUCCGUGCAAACGUUGUUGGACUACUAUCUGCAGCCGGAGAAGCUGAGCGGGGAGAAUCAGUACAGGUGCGACGUUUGCGGGAGGUUGACAGAUGGCGAGAGGGUUACCAGGAUGGUUGAAGCGCCCUCCAGGCUGAUACUUACGCUUAAACACUUUAGGUACGACCCCACGUCCCACCAGCGCACCAAACUUCUGCAAGCCGUAAAACUAGACCGAGAAGUACGGCUCGGCCUCCACCAGUACGAACUGUACGCGGCGGUGGUGCAUUGCGGUUCUAGCGUCGACUCCGGUCAUUACUACACGUUCGCGAAAGACGGCGCCGAUUGGUACAAAUUCAACGAUUGCUCGGUCAGCAGAACAACGGCGGAGAAUCUGUGCCGGUUGAAACCGCCGGAAACGCCGUACAUUUUGUUUUAUAGCAGGGUGGACGUGUCCGAACCCGAGGCGUUGCCGUGUACCAUUCUGCCCGAUAGAUUGCAGCUUGCACUAACCAAAGACCACUCGGAGUACGAGGCGGAAAAACGACAGUUAUCUCAGAAGAUCCUCGCUCCCAGACGGAACCAAAACGACGAUCCCCCUCCUCCCGGGUGUGGCGGGGGAGGUUUUUCGGCAACGUCAAGCAACAUGUUCGUCUGUUAACGCCAACAAUAAGAGAGGAGUUCAAAGUCUGUAGCUGUGAAUCGAAUAGCGUACCAAGGUAGCCAUCUGUGCGUUUGUCAGUGUUUAAAUCGUGUUUUGUGUCGCCAUAGACGAGGCAAAAGAUUUUGGGAGACGUUUUCCGAAUAAAUUAGUGUAAAUUACAAUUUUUUUGUCGAUCCUAUCAUAGCUUUGUUAAGUCUCCGAUCAUUCUGAACAAAAAAGUUCCUUAGUCAGUUUUUUUCUUAGGUUGACCGUUUUCGAAUAAUUAUGAGCGAUUUGAAGUUUGAAUAACCCAUGAAAUGGUCAUUUUCAAUGCUUAAAAGGAACCGGUUAACAAGUAUUAUUUUUGCGAUUUGUUUAAAUAAAUUGUAAUUAAAAUCUUCCCAUGCAGCACCUCGAAGAGUAUUUUAAGUCUAGCUUAUUUUAUAUAAUGGCGCGGCAGAUCCUACUAAGCAGUUUCGGAUAGUUAUAAAUAUAUAUAAAAUGAACAGUUAAUACCAACAUUUAUUGGAUUUUAAGAAUUCUUCAAGACGGCGGUCGUUAGUAGCAACAAGGUGUUAGCCACAACUCCUGUAGCUCUGAACAGAUGCUUCACACGAAUCAUAGGGAACAACGUUCACUUUUUCAACAACCUAUGACUAUGACCUUCAAGGUCAUUUGAAGGUCAAAGCAGUCUUCUUAAACGAAACACCUACUUUUGAUACAACAGAUGUAAAGAGCGGGAAAUUUUACGUUGAAGUAUGUCUCAACAUUGACUAUGACCUUCAAGGUCAUUUAAAGGUCAAGACACUUUUCUCAAAUGAACCCCCCUAUUUUUAACAUCAGAAAUGCAAGGAGCGGGAAGUUUUACGUUGAAGUAUGACUCAACCCAUGACCUUGACCUAGACCUUGAUUUCCAUGGGUAUUUGAGGGUAUCUAGAAAGUAGAGAAAGGGCGAAAUAUCUCGAAAAAUUCGUUUCAUAAAGAAUAUUUUUAUAUAAUGUAAGGUUUGAAAAGAUUCUUGAAAUUGUGACUUUCAACCUGACCUUGAAUGCGACUGUCAAGGUCAUAUGAAGGUCAAUGCUGUUUUCUUAAAUGAAACUCCUAUUUUUAACACCUGCGAUGUAAAGAGCGGGAGAUUUUACAUUAAAGUAUGUCUUUACCCAUGAGCUUGACCUUGAUUUUUCCAUGGGUAUUUGAGGGCGUCCAAAAAGUACAGAAAUGACGAAAUAUCUCGAAAAUUCGUUUCCUAAGGAAACAUCUUGUGUAAGAAUGUACAGUUUAUUCAUCUCAUCGUGACCUUGAACUAUGACCUUGAAGGUCAAUGCAGUUUUCUCAAAUAGAAACCUCUAUUUUUUUACCAGAGAUGUAAAGAACGGAAAAUUUUACGUUGAAGUAUGACUUAACCCAUGACCUUGACCUUGAAUUCCUUGGGUAUUUAGGCUGUUUAGAAAGUAGAGAAAGGACGACAUAUCGAUAAAUUCGUUUCAUAAAGAAAAUGUUUGUGAAUGUGAAGUUUGAGAAGACUCAUCAAAUGGUGACCUUGAACGGAACCUUGACCUUCAAAGUCAUUCAAGACACUUUUCUCAAAUGAACUCUACUAUUUUUAACAUGAGAUGUAAAGAGCGGAAAAUUUUACGUUAGAGUAUAUUUUUACUCAUGACCUUGACCUUUCCAUGUGUAUUUGAGGGUGUCCAAAAGGUAGAGAAAGGAAGAAAUAUCUCGAAAAAUUCGUUUCAUAAAGAAAAUUUGUGUAAUGUAAGGUUUGAAAAGAUUCCUCAAAUUGUAACCUUGAACUAUGCCCAUCAAGGUCAAAUACAUUUUUAACGGGAAAUUCUGAAAAGCUAAUUGCGGACGAUUUUAAGCUCAGAUAUAUCUUUGCCGAUGAACUUGAACUGACCUUCAAAGUCAUUUUAAGAACAGAAAUUCUCAAGUAAUCUAGUUACUUUUUUCGAAGAUAUAAAAAAGCGAAACAUUGAAAUUCAUUUGUAUUAAAUGGAAGGACUACGUUUCUCAACAUAUUUUUAGUGAUACUAUCAAUACCCGCAGCAUUCGAUCUCACUUCUUUCAACUUCUGUGCAAUGUCAUCUGGUGUAAUGUGACGAUAUGAAGAUUUAGAUCCAGUAGAAUUGUAUAGUUCUGAAAAUGUGUCAAGAAAUAAGUCAUCAGGUAGAAUGGUUGGUAGAGAGACAGUAAAGUAAUUGUUGAUGGCUUCUGUUUGAAAUCGCUUAGUAGAAUCUGCUGCAUCUUGAACUUAUUCCAUUUGUAUUCAAUUUUGGACAAAACAAGACAUAUACCGUUGUUCUGUAAACCUCCCUCUUUUAAAACGUUUUAAAUCUGAGGCUUAUUACUUAAUCCCUCUGCAAGACAAAGAGCAUUUUAUUAAGCGUAUAUGUGUAUGUAAUACCUCAAGAUGGCUGCCUGGCAGCGUUUAUCGCCGUAUCGUUGUUUCCUUGAAGACUGAUGCUGUCUGUCAGUUUGUCCUGUCAAAAAAUGUAUAUAUGUAUAUUAGAUAAUACUACUAUUUACGGCAAAAGCUGUAGUUUUUUCCGUAUUCGAAAAUCUAUGAUGUAAAAUUAAUGAUUGGCAAUUUUAGUUGAUGAAAUGUCGAGUUGUAUUGUAGUUUUUUAAAUUGUUUGGUUGUUUAAUAAAAUAAUCGAGGGUUGAUCGAGAUUGAGUAUGAGGUGACUUGGAUUAUACGGGGUUUACUAAUUGAAUGUCAAUUUUUUGUGUACAUUUUAUGAAGAAAUCUUCGCAUGAACGUGUCUCCUAAACGAUUUAGCCUUCCAGAUACGGGGAGGUAAAAUUAAAAAAAAUUGCAAUCUAUAUCCAGUUCUGAGCAGAAUUGGUCUCUUGAAUUUCUUUAGACAGUUUUCACCUAAAAAAAUAAUACGUGUUGAUACUGUGCAGGUUUUUAUUGUUUUAAGCGAAAAUUUGCCUAGGGGAUUUCAAGAAUAAUUUUUUAAAAAGAAACCAGUGGCGUACCAUCAACGUCUGCCAAAAUGGGCAUUAAAAUAUUUAAAGUAGUAUUACAGAUCUUGAUAAUAAACGAUUCAUUUUGGAAAACUUUGCCACCGCGUAUCUGAAAAGUUAAGAUGUUUGGGACUUGUAUAAUGUUUUUGUUUUUAAGUGGACCCAAAAAUCGCCCCAUCAAAUACUGACAGUCAAUUAGGAAACACCUUCUAUAUAAUGUAGUUUAAUGCCUUAGAAAAAACGUCUAACACUUCAUAUUUAAAUUUUGUUAACCCAAAAGAUAAACACACUACACGAGAGAGUUUCAUUUCGCCUUCAUUUCUCAGCAGUAAUUUUAAAAAAGUCGGUUGGUCGGUUUUGUACGUAAAAACAUUUCAAACCCUGCAAAAGAAAAACGAAAAUUUUGGAAAGGUGGCGAUUUAUUGCUCGACAUAGCUCGAUAGUUUUGACCCAGUGAUGCUGCAAUUUCUUCUGAAGAAUACGUAUUCUGGAGGUCGGCAAAAUAGGCCUCCGUGGCGGCGCUAAAUCCUCAUUCGACUUGAAUUUGCGCCCGGCGAGAUUGGAAACAAAAAGAAGUCGCACUGGGCGAAAUCUGGAGAAUAUGGUGGAUGAUGCAGCAGUUCGAGAAGAGUCAGCGUACUCGGCACCCUUUGAUUUCGCUGCUCCAAAAACAAUCGAUUGACCGAUAUUGCUCUUUUUUUAUUUUUCUGAAAUCCGCUUCCACCCACGAUAAAAAG